AUGGCGUACGGACUGGACGAUAUUGACCUAGCAUCGUUAAAGGUGAGUAAAAUUUCACUUUUUGGCGUGUUGUAUUCCUUCAUGUUUUAGUUUCUUCGUGUGAAAAGUUAGAUUAAAAGGUUUCUAAUUCUGCGAUAAUUAUUCCUUGAGCUGUUGAGCUUGUAAAAUUGUCGGGUUCUUUGAAGAAGGCUUAUUUCUUGUCAGAGAGGAUUUAUGUAGGCAACGAUUCGUGAACAUAUUGAGCGAAGCAGCUUAUCUAAAGACAAGUGAACCUGAAAAUUUUACGGUGGUUGUCUUUCUGAUGUCGCUUUGUCGUUUGACGUCUGGCUAGUAAACACAAAUUCCUGGGGUUUUUCCUACCUAGUGAGAUUAAUCUUUUUCAUUAUUGUGUUGUGUGAUCUAUUAAAAAAUAAACUUGCUAAGAAAAUUGCGUUUUUUCGAAAGGAUCCUGCCGGAAUUUUCGACUUGGUGGAAGUAGUUGGAAAUGGCACAUAUGGACAAGUUCAUAAGGUACAGUGUAUACAACACUUAGUUGAAAGAAAUUGUUUUAACUAAAGAUAGCAUAAACUCUCUAGUGAUUUGUUAUGCUACUCACGUCUUUUAUUUAUAUGUCGAUGUACCGUAAGGACUCCGCAAAUUGCUCGCGCGAAAGCCUAAGAGCUAUUCAAACUCGAUUCUUUUCAAUAAAUUUCACAACAUUCCAUCAGAUUGUACAUGUUGCACUCGGUUGGUACUAAUUGUAACAAUCACAUAAGCGUUAAAACUUUCUCCUUCCUUGCGCUUCUAUGUUUGUUUAUUUUACAGUUUUAUUUCUGUAUUUAUGAAGCUUUCAUAUUUCAACAAAUUUCAAUGAGUGCUAAGUAAAUUAUGACAGGAUUAUAUUUGAAAAGCGAUCGUAAUUUGGCUGAAGUUACUUGGAUUGUAUGUGGUCUAUGUGGGUGUUUUGUUACUUCUUUUGGCUCUUUGGUCAUUUCUUAUAGGGUAUAAUUUAUGUAACACGUAAGCUUAAGUUAUUUAUGGAUUUUCUGUGGGAUCUUUUUUUGUGCAGUGUAUUUGGUGAUAAAAUUAAUAAAGCGUUUGAGCAGAUUUUACAAUGAUUUUAGGGUUUAGAGUAGAUUAGUUUCAAUGCCGACCACUUGUUGACAGUGUUAUUUCAGAUCUCUGCUUCUCUAGAACAUCCUUCUCACUGGGGAACCAUAAAAAUAAACAUUAUCAAGAAUACAUACCAUUUUUUAUGUAACAUUAACUGUCAUUCAUUCAAGCAUUUCUUCACAGAAGUUUACAUUACAGUUAACUCAUUAUAAUGAUAAUUUUUAUGGUGAAAAAUAACAGUGUGAUCAUGGAAUUUAGGAAUUUAUGUUUACCUUAUGUAUAUGUGUGGGAAUGCAGUAAAGUUCAAGAAACUAUGAUGGGUUCUGAUAGUGUUCAGUGAGACAUAAACAAGUGGUCCUUUGACGAGUUUUGUCUGAUAAUUCGACCACCAAUACCGUAUUUCCUCGAACAAUAGCCAGGGGCAAUUAUUUCUUUUUUCGCAUCAAAAGGGGGCAAUUAUUCAAGGGAGGCAAUUAUUUCAAAAUAAUAUUGCUCACUGGAAGUCAUGACCUAAAUAUUUUGUUUCAUUAUCCUGUUAAAUCCAAAAAUUAUCACAACAAAUAAACUGAACAUGGGCUUUUUAAUUGUUCCAAAUUUAGUUCCUUGAUUAAUAGUCAGUUAUCAGUUUUGCUGGACUAAUUGACAGGGACAGGAUAAACAAGGUUGCCACAGUUUUCAAGGUCAGGGAAAAGUCAGGAAAUUUUUCAAAACAUCAGGGAAAAUCUUUGAUAUUGUCAAAGUCAGUGAAAAGUCAGGGAAUUCUGUAUUCCAGUUUAUACUUCAUAAGUUUUCUUCAAGAUUUUGAAAUCAUUUUCUUGUGGAAAAGACAAAACGUAUGCUGCAAAGCAAGUAAAGUGAUCAAUUUGACACUCUACACCUGAGACAUGUAGUAGUUGUGGUCAGUGGUUUUUGUUGUGAAUGGUUUCUUCCAAAUUCGUUCUUUCUCUUUCUGCAAAAAGUGGAAAGAGGUUGAAAAUGAAGAGAAAACUAUGGAUGGCUUGCAAAAAAGGCUAAAGUGAAUGUAAACAUGGAUUGUUUCUCAUUAAUAUAAGGUCAGUGAAAGCUGUUUAAAGGUCAGUGAAAAGUCGGGGAAUUUUUAACUUUCUGAAAAGUGGCAGCCCUGAUAAAAGAAAGAAAAUGGCGAGAGGGGUAGGGGGUGAUUAUUUUAAAUAUUGCUAUCAAAGGGGGAGAUUAUUCAAGAGAGGCGAUUAAUCGAGGGACGGCUAUUAUUUGAGGAAGUACGGUAAUUAUAUGUAAUGUCAUUCCGAAUCAUUGAUUAAAAACACUGCAUGUGUCUAUUGUUGCAAUUAGGUAGUAACUACAAUUUUACACUUGGUGCACACUAUCUAUCAGCAAGAACUUCCUUUUACUCUCAGCAGUCAAAAUUAAAACAAAAAAUUCCAAAUUUCUUUUUUAAAAAAUACUACCUCAAAAAGAAAUUGUACAGUGCUUAAAUGUACUACCAAAGAGGCUUCAUUUAAAUUCACACAGUGUGACAAUGUACACACAACGUUCCCUCCCCCACCCCUCUGUGCAAUGUUGUGCCACUAUUAGAGCUUACUGUGAGAAACAGCAAACACCCCAACUUUCAUUUGAGCAGAGGGGGGAGGGUUGCAGUUUGUUUUGUGCUCCAAAGUACCCCAUUUAAUGACAUUGACUAUACAGUUUUGCCACCAAUUUUUUUGUGGAGAAUUGUCAACCCCCUCUUCACCCCCCUUCCCCCCUUCUUCUCAAAUGGGAUACUAGUCCAUCACAGGGUUCCGCAGGCUGAGGCCUGAGUUGUCAUAGUCUGGUGGAAGGAGCACCUUCAAUUUAUAGUUUGGAUCACUGACAAUGUUAUCAAAAAGCGUGCUACAUAGAACAUAAUAAUGCUUUAAAAUGGGUGAUAACCCCACCUCUAUUGCUGAGUUGCGCUAUCCUGAGGUUAUUAUUGAUAUUGCUCUUUUCUCGAGCCAUACCAGCUCUUUCUUUAUGUACUGGGGGAGACCAUUGAAAAAGACAGGUGCUGCAUAAUCAGUAACAGAUCUCACACACAAUGCGUAGAACACUUGCUAGAUCUUGUUUUGGAACUCCCGCUCUCUUUAACUGAGUUAGGAAAUAGAUAAGUACCAUUGUUGCAACAAAGUAACUUUUAUUAAUUUGUGUUGAACACAGGGCCGUCACAAGAGGACAGGACAACUGGCUGCUAUCAAAAUCAUGGAUGUCACUGAGGUUAGUUUCUUUCCUGUAUGAAUGUCUGCAUGUCAUCACUGUCUUAUUACUACUAUUUUCAGGAGUUUCUCAAGUCUUAAAAAUCAGAUUGUAUUUUGGCCCGUCUGUUGAAGGCAUGGCUGAGCUUCUGAAAUUUCAAGAGCCUCAGGACAUCAGAGUUUGGCUCAUCGCAAUAAUUAUUUCAAGAAUUUACUUCAUCAAUUAAGCUGAAAUACCACGUACUCCAAUCCAUAUUUCAUUGCAGAUGCUCUUCCCGUCACAGCCUUGAAAACCUUCUUAGCCUAGAGCUAUGAUUCUGAGUAAAUUUUAAAAUUUAUUUUUAAACAAUAAUUUCAUAUUAUUAAUGCAAUUUUACAUUCUGUAAGACUGACUUACAGUCUUGUAUUUUUAUUAGGAUGAGGAAGAAGAAAUUAAACUAGAAAUAAAUGUACUUAGAAAGGUAAGCAUGUAAUGGAAAGGUUUGCACUUACUUUGUUCAGGUUAAAAGGUUCUUUAGGUAUUUCUCUUAUUAACACCAGGCUCCAGUUGUUCAGGGCUGUUAUUAAGAGCCGGGGGCUGGGGAUUUCCCUUGGCCACUAUAAACAUGGUCCCUGGCUACUUUCAUUGGAGAAUAGAAGAAAAAUAGAACCAAGAGAAACCCCUAGCUGUUUGAUUCCCGGCCCACUUGUUGUAUGUACCUGGCAACUUGAAAUCUUGGUGACCAACCCAAAGGAUAGAUUGGAUAAAUUAUUAUCCAACAGAUAAGUAUUAACAGGUGUAUUUUAUAGUGUGCUAAAAUACACUCGUUUAAUAUUUUUGUUUCCAGUUUUCACAUCAUCGGAAUAUAGCAACCUACUAUGGAGCGUUUGUUAAGAAGGGACUGCAAGGGCAAGAGGAUCAACUGUGGGUAAGUUUGGGGAUUCAUUCAUCUUCCUUAUUAUAGUACAAAAUAAAUUGUCUCCUUAAAUGUCUCAAUUUGUUUCUACAACAGCUUGUGAUGGAGUUUUGUGGUGCAGGAUCCAUAACAGACCUAGUAAAAGGUGUGGAAAAAUUAUUUUCAUUGGAUAAUAAUAGUGAUAGUGACCGUCAAAAUCUCCUAAUUAUAGACUGUAGAGUUUCCUAGUCAGGCUUUCACUGGGUUCAUAAUGCAAUUCUUGCAUAAACUGCUGAAAGAAGAUUUUUUGACUUGCAUACAUUGUUAGCGCUACAUGCAUCAGCUCAUCACAACCAGUAGGUUGAUGUGUAUGAAAAUAAAGUAUAGUGUGUGUGUAGUUUCCUUCUCUGUACAGCUCAGCUUUCUCCUGAGAGCAAUCUACUCUUUUUGAAUGUUUUUAGGAGACCACAUGCAUCUAUUGCUUUUUAGAUUUUUACUUUUUGUUGACCACUGUUCAAAUUGUUUCUUUCCCUUUUCUUGCUUCAUAGCAUCAAAGGGCAAAGCAUUAAAGGAGGAGUGGAUUUCAUACAUCUGCCAUGAAGUACUCAAUGUGAGUGUUCCUCUAUGUUGUAUGUUACUUCUUAGUAGUUUUCUGGAGACGUACUAUACUCAUUUCUUAUUUUCAUUUUUCAUCCCGGGCAGGGUGUGAGCCAUCUUCAUCAAAAUCACGUCAUACAUAGAGAUAUCAAGGGACAGAAUGUGUUGUUGACUGAUGGGGCAGAAGUUAAGCUUGGUAAGAUAAAGAACCUCAGAAAUUGUGUCAUAAGACUCUAGUCCCUGCACAUAGACACCUCAACAAGCUUGUUAGUAUGGUUGCACACUAACUGACUGUAGUAAUCUUCUAGGGUGACAUAUCUCAAUGCUCUUUUCUUGUAGUUGAUUUUGGAGUUAGUGCUCAACUUGACAGGACCAUUGGAAGGAGAAAUACUUUCAUUGGUACUCCAUACUGGUGAGGAUAAUCAUUUUGCAUUAUCUUGAUGUAUAAUAUAAUAAAUUGGAACAAGAAGCAAACAAGUGGACAGCAAGGUUAAAACAGGAAUUUUCUGUGGUUCCUUCUUGGGUUCACCAGGACUCAGAUAUUGAGAUCUCAUCCUUUUAAAAACUGCCUUGCACAUAAUCAAAGAAAAAUUGAGCACUGGCGACUAAAUUUUCAGAACUGGUCGCCAGCUGGCACUAGAUUAAAAAAGCAAACCAUGCAAUCAUUCAGUUGUUUUAAAUCUUUAUAUUUGAAAUCAAUCGGAUAUGGUAGCUAGUAAAACUCACUGCAGCUAGCAUUUGUUUUGUGGCUGGGACCAAGAUGGAGCUCUGUUGACUGGAGUCUUUUAGGUGAAUUUUCAAAAGUUAAAUCUUUUCUUUGUUGUUUUGUUGUAUUUUAGGAUGGCUCCAGAAGUUAUUGCUUGUGAUGAACAACCUGAUGCUACUUAUGACAACAGGGUAUGCUUCCUUUGCUCUUUUAUUUUCUUUUGUUUUGUUUUUUUUUUUCUCUUUUUGAAAACCACGUUAAAACGUUUUAUUUUUUUUUUAAAAUGCCUAUGGACUAUGAUUACCUUCGACCAGAGACAUAUCUAAUAUACUUAUUUUAAACUAUUUACUGAAGUUUUGCCAUUGAUUUUCCGUAAAAAAUCGUUCUUGUGUAAUUAUGAUAAUAUUUUGUUCUAAAUUAUCUAACUGAAAUUUUUCCGUUAGCCCAUUCCCUUUAAUAAGCCCGGUGGCUUCUCUUGGGCUUCCUCGCUGUCUGCUAAGGAAAGGAAGAAAAACUGCAUCUAGCAUUGAUGGAGCUCUAAUUAGAUUUUUUUAGGAGAGUUUCAAAAGUUUUUUUUUGUUUUUUGUUUUAACAAAACAAUAAACAAUAAACAAUAAACAAUGCUGAUCCCCUACAUGUUGCCAUCGAGUGUUCAUUGUUCUUUUGUUAAGUGGUAGAGAGUUGUAGUGUUGUCUUCACUUUAUGGCUGAUCUAGGACGGACUGGUUUUUGGUAGUUAUUAUUUUGAAUUGUAAUAAUCUUUUCUUCUUUUUAGUGUGACAUGUGGUCAAUUGGAAUCACUUCUAUUGAGAUGGCUGAAACACAACCCCGUGAGUGUCACUUAGAAAUGAAGGGGUUAUGGCAGUAUGGGCCAUUUUAUUAAUUAUAUGAAGAAUGAUAAAAAUAAUCCUUUAGCAGUCAUGUAGAAUAUCAUACUUGUAAUGAUCAAAUUAGGGUUAAAAAAAAACUUGAAUUCCAACUUGUCCAUUGGGCUAGCAGCCCAGGGAGUGGCUUGCUUGUCUUAGUUAUUGGGGAGUUUUAGUGUUGAUGAUGGUGACGGCAGUGAAAACAUCUCUUUUAGAAUGAAUUAGCAUUUUUUCAAACUUUGUUGCAUUUAUUCCUAUUCACUGAAAUGUCUUAUGUAGGCUAAUUUCCCUGGAGUUGAUUUUUUGGGGACCGCACUCAAGUUUAAAAAGAGAAAGAAAAUUUCGUCCUUGCUUGUUUAAAUCCUCCAUAAAAUGUGAAAUUAGGCAUUUUCACAUCGGUGGUUGUGCAAUAAUGACAAAGACAUGCACAAAAAAGCGUGAUGCAGGUGCAAACUUGCUGUUUUGCUUAAUAAGCCUAAUGCUGUUUUGACGUUCUCUUUGCCGUCACUAUCAUCAUUCCUAAAACUCCCUUUUGAGUAAGUUGAAAGAUGACUUGCCUAUACCCUUGCCUAUUUUGCAAGUGAGCUUUAAAAGUUCCUUUCCCAUCAAGAAGAUCUGCUUGUCCUAGACUAAUGGACAGAACUUUUUUCAAGGCCUGCAAAAUGAUGGUUAUGAUAAAAAUGAUGGUAAUGGUGCUGGUGUUGCUGAUAGAUCCUCUUCAAACAGCUGUAUUUGUCAAAUCAUAAUUCAAACAUCCUUGUUAUUAUUAUAUGUUUUUAUAAUCCUUUAUGUAGUAAUCCGGGACCCGUGGAUGAUUUUCCGUAUUACCUUUUGACUUUCAAUUACGUCGUUCCCGCCACAUUUUUGUCCAAUGUUUAAAAUUGACUUUGAAUCGUGCACUUUUCAAUUCCAGCUCUCUGUGACAUGCAUCCAAUGAGAGCCUUGUUUCUCAUUCCAAUGAUGACAUGAAUGAUCCUCUUUGAACUACAAAUCCAAAUUGAUGUUGAAUUCUGCACUUUGCAAUUCCAGCUCCUGGUCCAAUGAAAUUUUUCAUUCCAACUUUGUCAAGUCCAAGAAGGCCUGGUCUGAUUUCAAACACGUGUUAUCAUAAAUUAUCAUAAAAGACCUACUGCUGACCAACUCUUACAGGUAUUUAUUUGUCUUCUUGUUUUUUUGUUUUCUUUCUAAAUGUGGGUGUGUUUUGGGGGAAAUCCACAUCUUGAUUCAUGAACCCAAAGUCAGUUUAUAUAUAAUUGAAUAGAGGUAAUCAGUGAUUACAGAUCUGCGUUCAUCACAUACAGAAAAAUUACGGAAAUGAAAUCAAGUCGAAAGGAGUCCAGUUUCCUGGCUGAGGUGCCCCUGAUAAAAUUAAUAGGGGCAGCUAAUUUUCAGUCACCCAUGAUAGCUCGAAAAUUAGGAACGCCAGAUUAGGAUGUGUUCUGACGAAAGAGACAAACUUCAUUAGAGAUUGUUACUUGUAAUCAAAGAGUCUAAAGUAACUUUUUUGUUUGGAUGUCUUUAAAAUAAUGAUGGUUUGUGGGUCAUGAAGCACUUGUGCAAUUUUAUGAGAGAUAUUUUAGGUAGAAAAUCAUGGCUGGGUCAUUCAAGUUAAAUGUUACUUAUUUGUGGUUACUUUCUAGCAUGAGUUUAUACGGGAUGCAAGGUCACAUGAAAGAAAAAUAAGGAUAGAGUUGAAGGAUUUUAUUGACAGGAUGAAAAAGAAGAAAG